AUGGUCGCCUCAGCCCCCUCCCCCAACUUCUUCACCAAACGCAUAAUCCACCCCCUCGGCUUCACGAAAACCUACAACUUCUGGCUCUACUUCAUCUUCGGCGGCGCACUCGUCGGCUUCGCCCUAGCCCGCGUCUUCUACCUCGACUUCUCGCGCAACUUCUGCCCCUCGUCAGGCCCCAGCUCCAGCGGUAACGGCGCCGCACCAGGAGAAUGCUACUACUACCUCAACUUCAGCCAGUACAAAAUCGGAAUCUUGUUGCAUCUCGCUGGCGUGCUACCCGCUAGUCUACUCGCUGUACUGCAGUUCACGCCGUUUAUUCGAAAGAGGUGGAUUAUCGUUCAUCGCAUCGGCGGGUACGCUGCACUCCUGCUGUACAUCGUCGGUCUCGUUGGCGCACUGAUGAUCGCACGGCAUGCAUUCGGCGGCGGGCUCGAUGUGCAAGCUUGGGUUGGAAUUGCUGGACUGGCAUCGCUGGGCUGCUUCAUCGUCAGCUACAUCAACGUCAAGAGACUUCAGAUUGAGCAGCACCGUGCAUGGAUGCUCCGAGGCUGGUUCUACGCCGGCAGCAUCAUUACGACUCGACUCAUCAUGAUCAUCGCCGCGCAGGUCAUCGCUAAGCAAAACUACCACGUCGUCUGGUCCUGCGCAAAGCUCGCCGCAACAGUCGCCGGCAACGUGGAUCUAGCGUCUUCGUACCCUGCCUGCGCGGCUUUUGUCAACGGCACGGAUCCUGAGGCUGUCUCCAGCGUCGCCGCGACGUUUGCGGUAGGAGGCCCGGAGAACACGGGGGCUGCACUGAAUGCGGCGUUCGGUAUGGCGCUGUGGGUGUCGUUUGCGCUGCACGCUUUUGGUGUAGAGGUCUACUUGCAGCUUACCCCCAAGGAAGCGCAGAGGUUGAGGCAGAUCAGUUAUCAGAGGCAGUUGGAGGCGGGUAUGCGCAAUCCGGGCUCUGCGGGUCUUACGGCGGAUCGCUUGGGGGAUGCGGAGAAGUGGAUUCCGGCAGAGACCAAGGAAGAGACCAAGGAAGACGGCGCGAGCAUGGCGAGGACUGAGUCGACUGACUCUAGCGCUGAUUUCCGUGUAUUUUAG